AUGGGUUGGUUCUGGGGCUCGUCCGACAGCAGCGCCUCCGCCGAUCCGGCGAAGCAGCUCGACCCCGGCCUCAAGAAAUUCCUCGAUCAAGAAUCACCUUCUCCACCACCCGCCGCCUCCACGCCUGCCGCACAGCCCUCUCCCGCGCCUCAAUCCGCACCUGCCACCACCCCCGCCGCCUCUACCUCCAAUGCCGCCAAGCCCGCCGCCGUCCCCGCCGAAUCCCUCUACCAAGACGGCCGCUACGCGCACCUCUGGAAGAACUACGAGCCGCUCAGCGCCAUCGAAGCGCGCUCGAAAUCCGACCAGGAGAAGCUGACGGACAUUGUGUCGGCGUACAACGACCGGCGCGCGGGCAUCGGGCGGGCGGCGCUGGAGAACUGCGCGUUCCAGCAGCUCGCGCUGUCCGACUGCUACAAGAGCGGCACGUGGAUGGCGCGCAUCACCAUGUGCCGCACCGAGACGCAGGCGCUGGAUCGCUGCUACACCAUGCAGAGCCGCUUCCUCAAGGCGCUGGGUUAUCUUAGCGUGCAGGGCCAGGGCCGCGACGCCGAGGAGCGCGUGCAGAUGCAUGCGGAUCGCUUGUACCAGCGCAUGCUGGAGCAGGAGCGGCUGGUCGCGGAGGCGAAGGCGAAGGGCGAGGAGCCGCCAAAGUUUGGUAGCAUUUUGAGUAGGGAGAACGUCGCGGCGGCGAUGAGGGGCGAUGUCGCGCCGUUGACGGUGGAGAAGGCGGCGGCGGAGAGCGCGAAGGCGGCGAGCGAGAAGACAAAGGCAGACGAGGCGAAGGCGAAGGAAGCGGAGGAGAGGGAAUUGGCUAGGAGUUUGGACGAGAUGCCUGCUCUGGCUCCGAAGAUGCGCAAGGAAUUCGAGGACCGAUUGAGGGAGCUGCAUGGCGAGGAGCGCGACAUAGAGCUGAGGGCGAUCCAGGGAGAGUUUGCUGAGAGCAGGGUCAUCGCGAAGCAGGUCGAAGCCGUGUUUGAGGAGGAAAAGGUCAAGAGGUUGGAGCGUCAAGCACGCGGCAAGGAAACAAUGGGAGACACAAUCAAGAGGUGGUGGGGGUGGUAA